AUGAACAUCAGCGAUAGGAUCAAGAUCGAAGGUUUCGAGGGAGGCACAAAAAACUGCUGGGACUACCGCUUUUUACAGAGUGUGCAGUUCGUUAAAGGCUUUUUGCCGUUCAAAGCCCUUCCACUUAUCAUUACUUCGGGAUCUGCCCCAUGCGACGAGAAGCCAACUAUGUACUACUAUCCAGGCUCUUCUGCUAGUGGAUGCCCAGAAUCGCAACAAACGAAAUAUACGGGGAUUGCUCCAUUACCAUCUAAAACGAGUAACGCCAGAAAUACCAACAGUUCCAUUAUCACGAAAUCCUUGCCCUUUGACCCGGACUUGGACCGUAUGACCACCAACAAGAGUCGCCAAACUGUCUACUGUUCACAGCCCUCCAUUCUAGUCUUCGGGCUUGCUCGCUAUUUCGUUAGAGGAAAUUUCCGGGUGUAUGUGCCAUGCAUCGAGCUGAGGCUAUUCGAAGUCUCCCAACUUAGCUUCGGUCUCAAGAUAGGAAGCGUCAAAUUUUCGUCUUCUUUCGGCUCUUGA